AUGGACAGGGAGUCUGUCAGCGACGGGCCGACCGCUGGCCGAUGGAAGUGGUCGGUCGCGCGGGCAGUGAUCCGAUCCCUGAAGAUUGAACCGUUCAUUUUCCUAUACAUAAUGGCCACCGGAUUGGCCGACAUUACGGCCACUCAACUGAUUCAGGACAAGAUCUGUCUCCAAAAGUAUAACAUGAGCUCCGAUUACUGUAUUAGCAUUAGUUCAAUGAAAACAGUGAGCGGUGGCGGUCAGCACAGGGAUACGGGUACCCUGACAUCCGAUUUUACCAUCAAGGAUAAAAUACUCGCUGACGUAGCUCACUUUGAUAUAUAUCGCCAGGCUAUAUCAACACUGCCCGGUUUUGUCUUGGUGCUUUUUAUCGGCUCGUGGACUGAUAGUUAUGUUCAUGGUCGCAAAAUGAUCCUGCUCAUGGGCGCAGUAGGCUAUGCUGGACAAUAUGCGGGCCUAUUGACCAAUUCACUUAUAUUUAAUCUGGAUGUGCAUUACAUACUACUUUCAUACGUGUCGAGUGCAUUGAUGGGCGGGUGGGCGGCCAUAUGGCUGACCAGCUAUAGCUAUAUGACACACAAUUCCCCACAAGAGUAUCGGUUUAUUAAAUUUAUGGCAUUUGAAGUGUCGGCCACAACAGCGGGUCCAUUGGGUACAUACCUGGGAGGCGUACUGAUAGGUUCGGGUAAUCCACACCCGACUCACCACCAAAUCCACAACUAUAGCCGAGUGUUUGGCAUAUCAUUGGCCGCAACUAUAGUCUCAUUCUUAUGGGUACUGUUCGUAAUCAAUGAGAACCGAAAGAGGCCGUCACCAGAAGCGGAUCCAACACUCGGGGUCGGAGACCACAACCAAAAUGCUGUGAUCAAUAGCAGUCCUCUCGACGACGAGUCGCUAGCAUUGAUUGGCUGCCAAACCGGGCACACAAUGGACACGGAGUUCCGGUGGCGACGGCUGGUGGACAUCGGGAACGUGCGGGACGUGUGGCGAACAGCGUUGAAACCACGGCCAGGGGGUCAGAGGGCGCGACUAUGGCUACUAUACCUAUGCAUGUCAAUGGUGUUGAUAACUUUGGUCAAAGAGUUUCAGAUAGUGUUUCCCUACGCGGAGAAAGUGUACGGCUGGGACGCCGCCCAUUUCAGCAUGGUCAAAUCGAUGGCCUCCGUAGCGCAGGUGGCUAUCGUCGGGCCGGCGGUACUGGUGCUGUCCGGUUGGCUACGCGUGACGGACACUACGCUGGGUAUUGUGGGCUUUGUGGCGAUCAUGACGUCGGCGCUGGCCAUCGGCUCAAUACUGUCGCCGGUGGGCGCGUACGCCAUGUAUGUCGUGGGCGGCGCCACUCCCAUGGCGUCGGUGUCCAUACGGGCGCUGUUGUCGAAGUUGGCCGCCGGACAAGAGUUGGGUAAAGUGUUCAGUUUGUUGGCAGCCCUCGAAACGGUGGUCCCGUCUGUCGGCACUUUCAUAUACAAUACACUCUUCGCCUAUACUAUACACUCGUACCCGAGUCUGGCCUUUCAAAUAGCCGGUGCCCUCGUGUUUGUGCCCAUCGGUGUCUUCAUUGGCAUUGAUUUGACCGCAAAGUCAUAG